CGUGUUGUGGAGUUAUUUUUUUUAAUAGUACUCGAGUGUUCAUUAUAAAUCAUAACGUUCACUAUCAUUAUUUAUUGUAAUUAUUUGUAAUUCAAUAAUUCAAUAUUUAUAUCUCAUAUUCUCAUUUCUCAUAGGUACCUACUAACCACGAACUAAAAUAUAUUUGGUCGUGCAUACUGCAGUACUACCUAAAUACCUAAACUUAAUACUGUUAUUAGUUUAUUACCUUUUGAAUUUUUUAGUAUAUUAUCUUCUUAUUAUUAGGUACUUAAAUAAUUUUUUUUUUUUGAGUACAGUUAAAUUAUUGUUCUGUGGUUCAACAUACAAUGUAGCUUUUCAGAUUGAAGUACAAGAUAUUUACCAUUGUAUUGUUGAAAUAAACCUAUAAACUAGUGAAUUAGUCAAUAAUUGGAACAUUAGUAUCAAACAUUAUCAUGGCUGUAGACGAAGAUGCUAUAUCUAAAAGGGUUACCAGUGUACUGGAGACACAUUUAGAAAGUGACAAGGACGCACUAGAAGCAUUAAAAGAAAUAUCAGAGUUUUAUACUGAAAAUACCUUAGAAUGUAGAAGAGGCUUAAGAACUAAAAUAGAAAAAAGAAGUCUUGCAUUAAAUGAAAAUUUUUUAGCAUCUUUUGAAAAAGUGAAAAACGCUGUAAACGCUUUACAUGACAAUGUGAAUUCCUUAAAUGUAUCUGUAAUGUCAAUGUCAUCACAAUUGAAAGACACUAAAACAGACACUCAGAACUUAAUUGAACUCACAAAACGAUUGCAACUUGAAAGAAAAAGUGUAUCCAAUCAACAAUUAUUGGCAAAUGCAUAUGUGAAAACAUUCCAGUUGAGUUCUUCAGAGGUGGCUUGUCUGCGGUCUAACAAUGUCACUCCUGAAUUUUUUACAGCUCUACGCAAAACCCAAAAUAUUAGCAACAAUUGUAAAGUGCUUAUGCAAGCAGGUCAUCAAACAUCAGCACUUAGUUUGAUGGAACAGAUUUCCACCUACCAACAAAUGGCCAUGGAAGUAUUAUAUAGAUGGACUCAGUUAAAUUGUAAAGAUAUUGAGUCCACAGUUACUGGUCCUCUACUCGUAUUUGCCAUGGAAGUGUUGCAAGACCGACCAGUAUUAUUUAAAUAUGUAUUAGAAGAGUACUGUACAGUUAGGCAAUCUGUAGUCGCACAAAGAUUCAUAGAUGCUCUAGCAGCAAACAGUUCAAAUGAUACAUCAUUGAAAACUUUUACAAAAGACAUACGACUUUACAUUAACAACAUGUUAUCAUGGUUGAUUGAUUAUGUUCCAAUUGAAAGAAAGUAUCUUGCUUAUCUGUUAAAAAACUGUGAUAAAUUAAAUGUCGAUGAAGAAAUAGCAUUAUGUAUGAGUAGCAUAACUGAGGGAUUGUGCAGUCCUUUAGUAUCACGUGUAGAGAGUAUAUUGCAUAUGAAUGAAAACCCAAUUGACCUCUAUGGUGUUGCUAGUUCAUUAAAAUUCUAUCUCCAAAUAGUAAUUAAAACUGUACCCUCUGGACAACUGUGUCAAACAAUUGAAGAAUUACAUAAAACUAUGGAAUGCGUAUUUUUAAACAAACUUCAAAAUUUAGUACGGGAUACUCUUUUGGAACGUAUUGAAGCACCCCCAUUAGAUUUAUCUCCAUCACCUGGUAUUGGACAUUUAUUAAAUAUCCUUAGACAAGUGUUGUCAGUUGCUGCAGUUACUGAAGAUAAACAAGAAGACACAUCCAUGAUAGUAUCUUGUGUCUUGGAACCUUUACUUCAAGCAAUCAAUUUAAGUGCUUCUCGGCUAACCCCAUUAGACAUGGCUGUUUACCAUCUCAAUUGUUUGUAUGAUAUACAUGAGACUUUAAAGCAGUACCAGUAUGUUGAGGACAAACUUGAAAAAUUGCAGGCUCAAAUGGCUGUACAAAUAGAAAUUGUUUCUACCGAACAAGCAAAAUAUCUUGUCACACACUUAAAUCUCGAGGAAAUCCAAACAAUUUUACAAGGUCCUGGAGCAAACAUUCCACUAUCUCAGAUUCAAGGAAUGGAAGCUGAAAAUCUGAUAAAUUUUUUGGGUAAAUUGGAAAGCAUGCUAAUCAUGCCUCACACUGUGGCAGUACCACAAAUUGGUUGUCUAAAAAAUCCUUUACAUUUAAGUAAGGUCAGGCGACAAUCCAACGAAGUGAUUUCUGCUGUUUAUAAACAACUAUACGAACAUGUACACAAUCCCACUAAUGAAUAUGAUAAUCCAUCGGCAUUGAUGCCUAGAACGCCAGAUCUCGUGUAUCAAAUGUUAAUCAAUGAUGAAAAUCCAUCAUUAAAUUAAUUUAUGUAAAAAAUAUGAAUCAACUCAAUCUUAAAAUGAAAUAUCACAUCUAUCACAAGUCAAACAUUAAUUUAUUUACAAAUAACAGAGUAAUAUUACAUUAUAAAAAAUAAAAAUAAAAUAUUAUUUCUCUAGCAAUGUA